AUCGUAAAUACAUUCAUAACACCUGAUGUUUUAUGAUCUAACGUUGGAAAGCCGAUAGCGUUGGGAAGCCGAUAUGAAGGAACUAAAAAGUGUGGUAUGUAUUUGAACGGAAUUAUUUACAUCAGGCUGGUUUUUCUUUGCAUUGCGCUGAGAAAAACCUUGCUGUCACAGGGUUAUAUUUUGACUUGCCUGCGUUGUUUUAAUAUCUUUUGCCAAGCGCAUAUUCUGAUAAGCAGUAAGCAAAUAAGGUUCGCCAAGUCGUGCACGAAUGGCAUUUUUCAUAGUUUUCCAUAGCUUCGGAUAUUUUUACUUGAAUUUACAAACCUAAGCUGUCCCAGUUUAACGACAAUUAAUUUGAUAAGUGACUUUAAAACUUGUUUUCAAAAUAAUAAAAUGUUAGCAUGGACAUCACACAUCAAACUAGGGCCAUUGGUGGACAAAAAAUUACUAGUUUUAAGCGACAUUUGAUGGGGAUCGAUGAAAGCAACUGACCUAAGUAAUUUAAGGAUAAAAUAGGAUAUAAAACACAAGCUGUUUUCUGACGCAGUGGACUAGAAAUUUUAUGAAUUUGCCGCUUGGCUUGUUUUCGUUUUCUAUAUUUUUUUAAUGAGCUGGGCCAAUAUGCAUUAAAGCUGUGUCAUGGUUCUAUGAGCGAUUAAGUGACGUAGCACACUUAGAAACAACCUUUUCACGGAAAUGACAAAGCUAAACAGUUUUGUCACUCAUUUUGGCUCAAUAUCAGCUUGUCGUUAAAUCCAAAAUCCAAAAUCAUAACUGAAACCAUGACGUACACAGAGGAGCUUAUUGUAAAUGUCAUGGAAAUGUGUAAACGUUUUAAUUUAAAUGGUUUUGACCUGCCGACAUUUUAAGACAUUUACGGAACAUUGGAUCAGAAGCAAGGUAAAUGAAACUUUUGGGAAAGGCACAAAUAAAAUAAAUUCCGCUCACAAUGUAAAUCAUGUACACAUAUAGUAUGGUGGUCAACAUUUUUCGUCAAUACACAGACUCACAGAGGCGUAGCCAGCUUUUUGACUAGUUGAAGGCCUGGCUGACUUUCAUUUCCGCAUAUCCUAAAAUUGCACGCAUACUGACCUCACCAACACUUUGAGCUCAGCAACGCAUAAUUUAUUACAAGUAGUAGAGUAAUCAAUUAAAAAUUUGUAGGCCCAGGCCUACAGGGCUUUGGGCUGAUACAUGCAAUGGACGAUAUAUAAUUUUUAGCCUGGUCGAGUGAACACCAGCUACAAGUCUAUAUGGGAUCGAAGGCAAGAGUGAGUGAAACGGUCACUCUUACAAUGAAAUAUUCAGUUGACAAAAAUAGCUUCGUGUACCUUGGGUAUCAGAGUUUUCUUUUUUUCUGCUGAUUCCCGGUGGUUCUAGACAAAGCUGCGAGUGUGAGAGGCGAAGCCAGGACAGCGAUGCGCAAGAGUCAUAGCACGGUUUAUUUCACCCUUGAUCUUUUGGGAGCGGACCUCUGUGGAGGGUCACAAUUUGAACUGUUUAACAAAACCAAAUAGAGUUUGUUAUAGAAAAACUAUUGUCUCCAUAUAAUUUAUACGAGACAUAAACUACUGGGUGUACCUUAUAGCAAGGCAUCGUCCAGAAAAAAAAUUGACUGUGGCUUAAAACUCUUGCAGAAAAAUCUCAACGACUUGUUGAAAAACAGUGGCGACAAGCUAGUGGUGAUUGACUUCUUCGCCGAUUGGUGCGGUCCUUGUCGCACAAUGGGACCAAAAUUUGAGGUAAAUGUCACUGAUAAAUAUUCUAUUUAGUGCCCAGGACCCUUAGACUUUAAGCCGGUGGCCAUGAAAUAUCUCUGUCAUAGCUUAAAGUUCAAGUAGUUCAACCUGAAUAAAGUGACGCUAUACUUUAGCAAGCACUCUCUCUAGCUGUUGCGUGUUUAAUUUGUCAAGGAACAGGAAGUCGUUGAUCGUAAUUACGUUUUAUUCAAUACUAGUUAUUGGUUUUAAUUUUGUCUUAUUUCCGCCAUGGUGCUAAAAUUUCCGGGAAUUACGGUCGAAACAAAAAUGGAACACUUCGGCCCGGGUAGAACAUAACCAUAGAAGUGGUCUAACCACACAGUUGGCCCUCUUUGACAGCCGUUGCGGUCCGAGCCGAGCGAGACUUGCCAUUCCAUUUUCACUAAAGUUCAUGGUGUCCAGAAUUAUUGCGAAUUAACCAAAAAUACCGUCUUACUUGAACGCCUAGGUUUUGUUAAAAAAAAAAUGUUUCGAUCCAAACAAUGUUUUCCAUUUUUUCUUGGUCUGUCUCGUCUGACUUAUCGAACUGCCAUUAAAUAACGGAAAGAAACAAUUGUAAAACUGAAAUUUGUAGAGCUACAUAUACUGGGAUUUUUUGCUUCGAUUUAUUCCUAUAUCGGCCGAAACUGCUUUUUGACAUAAACAAUAUAAUAUAACUCUGGCAAUUUCCGUGUGCUACUACCAAUAGGUAACACCGCAAAUUUAUUAGUGAGGCUACUUUCGUUAACGUAGUAGUAGUAAUUACUUAAAAUAAUGGAAGUAUGGCAUUAUGUUAUUUAAUUGAUUUAUUUUUCUUCAGAAAAUGGCCUCAGAGUAUCCGGAUGUAGUUUUUGCCAAAGUGAACAUUCAAAAGGCCAAGGUACGUAAUUAUAAAUAUCUAACAAGCCUUUAAAAUAAGACUAAAUAUCCAUAAAAUGCAGAGGUAGCUCACAUUAGGGCGUCUUAAUGUUUGUUUGAUGUUGUUGUGUAUUUUAUGUAGUUGUUCUCGAAGAUUUUGGCUAGAUUUCAUACAGUUACCGGCUGAACAUCGACGUUUUAAACAUCAGGGACACGGUUCGUAGCUUUCGCAACCGAGCGUAUAGAUUAAACCGUAUAAAAAGAUUUCCUGUUGGUAUUAUUUUGUGGUUUAGUUUCCAACGGAAAACGCUCUCAGAGCUACGGUUGCCAUUGGCUUUUGUAACCGAGCUCGAGUAAGUGUUAAAAAGCAUUUUUUCCCGUUACGCCUGCCAUGGUAUUUCGAAACUCGUGCAUGCAUGUCUUGAAAAACCCGAUUCUCCAGUCUCGGGCAAUCUAGAUAACAAUGUCACAUCCACUCUCUCGAGUGGCCAUUUUUAAUUAGGUUUCACAACGUCGAGCAAUAAAUGUGAUGUCACUUUACUAAAUUUUCAGAAGAUUUCUUUCAAACAUGACUCGAUACAUAUUUAAAAAACCCUUUUUGUCCAAACGGACAAUAUUCUUGUCCAGUCUUCGUCGUCUUACGCUUAGAUUGCAGACAGAACAUUCUUCUUCAGAAGAUCGCGAGUAGGAUUUUAGAUUUUGACCCUUGGAAAGCAGGAAAGUAAGUUUCAUCAGCACAUUAUGACCCAUCUGAUCCCUUUGUUUUCAUUAUAAACUUUCAUAGCCCAAUGGCGUCGCUUAUCAUAAAUAAUUAAUUACUUCAUUCGCAUUAUUUCCUUGCAAGAUUUGUUAAAGAUUAAAAUUUGGGGCACGGCGAAAGAUCAGCUAAUUUUAAAGACCUACAACAAAGAGAAAUUUAGUAGUGAAUUGUGUGGGCAGGAUUCCAUUCCACAACUCAAGUCUGCCAUUCUGGGCAUUUCAAGGAGACUGGAAACCAGUUUCUUUACAAACCUUUUUCUGGCCUGCGGGACUGAGAUUAUUGUAUGGCUUUCUUUCUAAUCUGUCGGUGGAAUCCCAGGUAUUAUAAUAACCCAGAUAACUAAAGCCCCGGAAGACUCAGAGACAUUAGAGUGGCUGAGUCUUUCUAAGGGUUUUGGAGGUAAGGGGGAAACGCAAUUGUAUUAUAAUUUUCACAGAUAAUAUCCAUGACAUUACACAUAUCUUAUGGUGCUUAGAACACAAGAUCGGGAGGAUUUUUUACACUAGCUCAGAAUUGCGGAGCCUCUAUCAUGUGUUUAAUGGGGUGGUCAGCGCAAUGAAUGAAAAGGGUGAACUGUUAUGGCAUAAAAACCACAUUAACUCAUAAAAGGUAACAGACAUGAUGAUAGUGAUUUACUUUUGAAGAAUUUUGUCUAAUUAGUUGAUGUUGUUCUUAAAUCUCAACCAUUUGCAUUUAUUGUAGGACCUUGCAGAACAAUACGCCAUAUCCUCCAUCCCACAUUUCAAGUUUUUCAAAAAUAGAAAGGUAAAUAUUAGAUCUCUGUCAUGUACAGUAAAUCUAGGACAGUAAAAUCAAAACAAUGUAACCAUGCAGCUGUCUGAAAUAUCACAUUCACAUAUAAGGGCGUUCAACUUACUACCUCUGACUGUACGCUGCGCAAAAUUAAUUCUGGCAAAGGCCCCUACAGCGUGUUGAGAAAUAUCCUUGAAAAGACCCGGGUGGACUCUCGCUCUCCAGAGAUGGUCUGUGAUUGGAGAGCGAAGCAAUAGAUGAUUCAACACAAACAAUGCCCUUAGCCCUAAAAACAAAAGAAGCUACUGCUUAUUUAGACCGAUGAAAAUAGGGGUCUGGAAGAGCUACUGUACUACGCGGACUUGAGAAACGUUUUAAGACAAAAAUAGUCAUUUCGAUUCCCUGUUUAAGAUCAGAGAUCUUACCCAAGACCCUCAUUCAUUUCGCAUAGUAUCGCAGAAUUAAGUAUUUACGAAAACUGACAUACAUUGUAAUGGAAUUAGAUUUUUUUCUCAGAACAAAAACAAAUUGGCAACACACAAUGUAGACCUUUUAUAGCCAACCUUCACCCUCUUUCAGAGGCUUCUGAUCCAAAAAGACACCUUUUUCUGGACGCAGAAUAGUGAAAUUGUACACCCUGAGACUCAAGACUCAAGACCCUGAAGACAGUGUUACAUAUCCGUCAGAUUAAUUUAGGUUUCUGGGAAACUGUCCACCUACCCCUCCCCUAAGCCGGCAUUUUGCCCUAAAUGAGAAGUAAAUGUUAAUGUUGGCUUAAGGGAGGGGUAGGUGGGUAGUUUGCCAAAAACCUAAAUUGGUCUCAUAAGCAAAUGCCCCUACCCCCACCCCCCCGGGGGAAGGAGCCCUUAGAGGAAGUAAUAAUAAUAUAUCUGUGUUGUUGACUUUGUAUUAAUGCUGAACAAGACCAAACCACAGGAAUCAGAAGAAUGUUAUUGGUUCUUUAACAAGUGUAGGGAACAACACCAAUCAGGCUAUCAAAUAAAUAGAGACAAGGUCAACCAUGCAUGCAUUCACAACAAGCAUGUAUGAUGUUUCACUUGUUUUCAUUGGAGGCACUUAUUAUCAGGUGGUCUGGCGCAAGCUAUAAAUCAGGCUUCGUGCAUGACAGUUUUAUACAUCAUGUAAAAGUUGACUGCUAACGGAAGGAAAUUUAGGCUUUCAAUAGCAGUCUCAGCCCACUGGAAAAAAAAUUACAAAAACGUCGCUGCAUUUAUUAUAACAACAAACAAACAAACAAACAAACAGAGUACACAGCAAGAAAAUCUGAUACCAGUUUCUUAAUUUUGUAGCGAUACUUUGUGAUACUGUUGUGAAUGCUCCAUUCUAAUUCCAUUUACAAUUUUAAUUUUAGGUCGUGGAUGACGUCAGAGGGGCCGACGAGGAAAAACUUAACGAAAAAAUUAACAAAUGGAAGGAUGCCAUCAUGUCAGAAAAAUAG